AGCCUUCGCCAGAUUUCCCAGAGGACCAUAAGCACUGCUUCACGCAGGCAGUUUCAAAAUAGAGUUGCAGAGAAGCAGAAGCUUUUCCAGGAGGAUAAUGGCAUCCCAGUGCAUCUUAAAGGUGGUGUAAUGGAUGCUCUGUUGUACAGAGCCACCAUGGGUAUUGUAGUUUUUGGAACAGGCUAUGUUCUUUAUGAGCUGUUUAACGCUUCAAUGCCCAAGAAGCAGAAAUGACUCCAGUUCGGGAUGCCCUGGUUGCUACUAGCAUCUCUUUGUCCAAUUCCACGUGACUACGAUGGCAGCUUAUACUUACUGUAAACAGCUGGCUUAAUGCUUGGAAUCAUAAUUUAAUUGUAACAUGUGAACUGCAAUCAAUAAAGCAGUUUUUAUGUUGCAUU